CCGGACCAAACUGUGCGGUACGGUUUGGACCACGGUUUUUCUAACGGUCUGGUCUAUUUUCCCACCCCUACACGAUUGGAAAUUGUAUUAUAUUAUAUAGAAGAGCGCGUGAAUAGCACGUUACAUUGCGGACAAAGCGGCGGGUGCCAGGUUCGAUACAUAAUUAUUGUUUUAGCUUUUCCCCGUUUCCCUGUUCCCCGGUCCAUUCUGCCGCUUAGCAUCCUUUCUUCUUUCUCUUCUCCCCUCUCUUUUUCUAUAAAACAAAACACCAGCGCUGCUGCUCCGAAAAAUCCUUCCCACACGAAAAAAAAUCUCUCAAUAGCUAAGUAGCGACCAACUAGCCAAUUCCCAAUUAGAAUUGUUCUCCUCCCUCCACCCACCAAACAGCCUGUCCUUUGAACGACUUUUAGUCGGCGGAAGUUCAUCAUCAUGGGUUGCGAGAAGGAUCUCAACUUGGAGGCCACCGAGCUCCGAUUAGGCCUCCCCGGUUCCACGGCGAGCGCAGAACCACCCACCCCUUCCAAUAUUAGCAGCAAUAACAAAAGACAACUCGCUGACAUCAACCCAGAUUCUGGGUUCAGAUCCGCCGCCGUCAGUAGCUCUUCCUCCGGCGAUAAGAAGAGCGACCUGGAUCAGUCUGCUCCCCCUGCCAAAGCUCAAGUGGUUGGGUGGCCGCCGGUGAGAUCUUUCCGGCGAAACGUUCUCCAGCAACAGGCGAAGAAAACCGCAACCGAAACCGAAUCGGCCGGCGGGAACUACGUCAAGGUGAGCAUGGACGGGGCACCGUACCUGAGGAAGAUAGAUCUGAAGGUUUACAGUGGGUACCCGCAGCUGCUGAAGGCGCUGGAGGAGAUGUUCAAGUUCCGAUACAUAAACGGGUCGGAUUUCGUAGCGACUUACGAGGACAAAGAUGGGGACUGGAUGCUGGUGGGUGAUGUUCCGUGGACCAUGUUCGCCAAUUGCUGUAAAAGGCUCCGAAUCACGAAAGGGUCCGACGCUAGAGGGCUCACUAGCGGCGGCACCGGCGGACUCUGAGCAGGGGCGGAGAAAGAAAGAGCUCAGCCGAUGGUGGAUUUUUGGUUUAUGGCAUGCUAUUUUGAGUCGUGGGUGUAUUCUGGGAUCUGAAGUUUCAUUUUUAAGUAUGAAAUUGUACAAAAGGAAGAUUUAUGGAUGUAUGUAUGUAGAGCUUUCGUGGGUUCCGAUAGCACUAAUUUGCCGUUAAAUUGUUAUUGAUAUUAGAAUCAAUACCCCGACUACGCCGCAAGGAACUAAAGUAGUUGCAGCAUAAUUGUAUGGUGGCCAAUUCAGUAAUGACAAACUCAGGAUUAGGGGUGGGCAACGGGAAACGGGUAUUUGGGUAUACCCGUACCCGUCCCGUUUUUUUAAGAGUUACGGGUACCCAUAUUACCCGUAAUAUUUUAAACGGAUGGGACUUGGGAUUGUACAAUCCU